AUUCAGAGUACCAGAUGGUCCAAUCAGGUAUUUUAACACACGCCAAAAUAUUUUUAUGAGACUUCCAGAAGAUGGCGAGCGCUCUGGUGUUGUCAACUUCAGUUCCUGCUAAUCCUGAAAAGGAAAACUGUGAAACAAUAAUUCCAAAGGUUUUGAGUCCUGAAUCUCACAUCAAGCACCCACUACAAAACAAGUGGGCUCUUUGGUUUUUCAAGAACGACAAAAGCAAAACAUGGCAGGCCAACCUCCGCAUGAUCUCAAAGUUUGACACUGUGGAAGACUUCUGGGCAUUAUACAAUCACAUUCAGCUAUCGAGUAACUUGAUGUCUGGCUGCGACUAUUCGCUGUUUAAGGAUGGGAUUGAGCCCAUGUGGGAGGAUGGACGCAACCGCCGCGGUGGCCGCUGGCUCAUCACUCUGUCGAAGCAGCAGCGUCGGGCAGACCUGGAUCGCUUCUGGCUGGAGACGCUCAUGUGUCUCGUGGGCGAGGCGUUUGACAGCCACGGCGACGACGUGUGCGGCGCCGUCAUCAACGUCCGAGCCAAAGGAGACAAAAUAGCCGUGUGGACCACGGACUACGAAAACAAGGACGCCAUAACGCACAUCGGGAGCAUAUAUAAAGAGAGAUUAGGCGUUCCGCCAAAAGUGAUCAUCGGGUACCAGUCGCACGCAGACACGGCCACGAAGAGCGGCUCCAACACCAAGAACAAGUUUGUGACCUGAGGACCGCGGGCCGAGUCGUCGGCCCCGACGCCGACCGCUCCUCCACUGGAGGGCGAGGCGACAACCUUCUGCUGGCUCAGCUUUUGUUUGGAGUGCAGUUCAACUGGAGCACUCUCCAUCCUCUGAGGACUUUACUCUUCUUUUUGUGGCGGUGGGCCGUAGAGGACGUUUCGUUGCCCAGAUUUAAUUUUCAAAUGCAGCUGCACAUUAGUGAAUAAUUUAUUUGAUUUAUCCUCUGUCAAUACUUUUCUUAACAUUAAAGGCAAAAAAACCAAGUAAACCAUUUUGUAAGUUGGUAUAACCUGAAGCUCUUUGUUGUGUUUUGCUGCUCAGUGACACUGAAUGUAUGCCUUGUGGGACUUUUAACGAUACUUUAACCCUCUGUUCCUGAAAUAAACGGCGUUGUCACAAAUUGAAGGAAUAUGUUUGUUUCCAGCAGACUCUAAAGCUUAAACAUCUUAGUGCCGUUUUUAAUUUUGAAAAAUUGAUAGGACUUUGUUUGAAGUGGUUAUUUUCUCGUUAAGCAGAUUGUGGUACGUGAGGAGUAAAAAAACGAUGUUUACAAAAAGCAGAGAAUUUAUUUUUAAAGGGUCUAAAUAUUUUGAAGUUACGAUUUUCUCUGGAAUUGUGGGUUCACGUGCCCGAAAAACGAUGAUCGUUAUUAAAAAUUACACAUUUUGUA